AUGAAAUUCCUAAUUGUAUUGACAUCAAUCCUGUUUACUUGCUCGGUUACUACAGCCAGUCCAAUUCUCCCCACUGCAACUGCAACUACUUAUUCUAGCUCUUCAACAAUCUCCAACGCAAAAGUCACAAACUCGGCUGGUCCUAAUGAAGUGUCCGAGAAUGCUAUUGAUUCAACCAAAGAUUACCUAGAGACGAAGGAAGCCUAUGAGAAAGCAGAGAAAACCCAUAGCUUGCUAAAAUUUGAAAAACUUUGUCAAGAAAAACUGAUAGAAUGGCUACUUGAAGAAUAUCGGCAUUUAAGCGAAAAAUCUUGGAAACGCAAGAAUUCCAAACAUAAGAAAGAGCUUAAGGAGCUCGAAUUUGAACUUCAAGCCCAACAUCUCAUUCUUUCCGACCUCGAAAAAAAGUGUACAAAGUCUUGUUUAAAUAGCUCUCAGCUUCGUUGGAAAUCUGGUGGAGCCAAAACACUACUCGCAGAGAGUCUGCUCGAGAAAAGCUCGGAUCUAAAAACAACUGAUUAUCACACGAAGCUUGACGCACCUCACAGUCCCGUACUAAGUCAAAAGUCGGAAUCCGAUCAAGCCUCUAUUAGUGGAACCCAUAGUCCAUCACAUCAAGCAUUACAACAUCAUCAAAGUCCAUCCCCAUCAACAAAUGAAACGCCUGCAGUCCAACGCACUCGAACAUCCUCGAGUACACAAACAUCUUCCAAACGUUCUCGUGUACGUAAAUUUUUUUCUAAAAUUAUAAGCAAAGUUGGAUCACUCUUGGAUCAAUUCAGAGAUGACGAUUCAUCCAAUUGA